CGAACUUCGCAUGCUGGACCUUUAGGAGAGAAGCAACAAUGUCGAAAGAGGAAAGGAAGUGUGCAGAGAGCAAACUGACGAAAAGCAUACAUCUUUUGCUGUUUCAGUUUGACCGUACGUAUGAUGAAAUCAUCUCUCCCCAAUAAUUUCACUUAUAUAAGAGGCCAAACCCGGGUUAUGAAGAAGAAAGAAGUUCUGGGCUGAUACAACAGGAGAAGGCAGUUUGCGAUAAUGUCAAAGUUUCCCCAAAGCAAUGGCAAUGAAGCAUCGAUCAAAAAGGAGGAUGAGGAUUCCUUCAAAGAGAAAAUCCACUUAGAGAUUAAAAAGGAACCAGAGGAGGAACCACUAAGCAGUGUUGAUGAUGAGAUAAAUCAGAAAAUUCCCCUGUUGGAUGAAGAUUUUUCACCACUCUCAGGAGUAGCCUUCUGCCACAAUAUACUGAAGAAAUCUCACUUUAAACCUCUGCAUCAAAUGAAUUUUCCUGUAAGCUUGCACCAGUAUCUUCCAUCCAGAUAUGUUCCCGCAACUGUCAUUUGUCGUGGCAAAACCUGGGACAUGAUGUUUUAUGGAGACAGCAGAAGUAAGAGGUUUGAUUCCAGCUCUUGGAGGGAUUUUGUUGAAGAAAAUGGCCUAAAGAUUGGAGAUGCACUAUUCUGGGAAGUAAUGGAAGACAAUGAAGACGAAGUGAAAUUGAAAGUUCAAAUUAUCAAAGGUGACUGGCCGUUGGAAUUGGAGGGAAAAGGGAGCUCAAAAAGUCCAAUAACAAUUCGUUAGAAAUCCUGUUGAAACUCAUACAGCUGUGUUUUUCACCGACUAUUCUCUUCAAACCAGCAUGCGGUAGCAGUAUUGCACUCUUUUUCAUUGUGCUAGAACCCUAACUUUAUCUUUUCUCUCAUCCUUAGAUCCCGUGGAUACAAUUGGAUUACUGUAAUUUCCUAAUUAACUGCAGGAAAUUGUGGUAUUUGGUUUUUCGAAUUCAAGAACACAAAUCUGGAAUUUGCUACUAAGUCAGUCUCUUUGUACUUCAGACCUGAAAUUCUAUGAGUUGUUUUUCUCAAAACCACAUUGAGGAACCAAUGCUAAGGGAAGGAAUGGUUCUACUGUUACUGUUUAGAAUUAGAUAUUAGUACUCAAUGAAAAAAUAGGAAGUCAGUUACAAGUUAAAAAGCAAACAUUGGAUUUGUGAAUUGUGAUUGACAAACAAACAGUACAAUCUAUCAUUUUGGGGCACAGUAAGUACAAGUAUCUAAACUGUCUGUUACCAGAAGGAACCAUGUCUUGAUAAAUUGUUCCAAGAACUUAGUAGAACAUCCAUUCCCUUGUUACAAAAAAAUAAAAAUAAAAAAUUAAAUAGAAAAUCAGAACCAAAUGAAAACUACAAUGUCCCAUUGCUCCAAAUAACUGUCCAUAACUAAAAAACUUGGUAUAAGCUUUUCUCUCAUGGUUAAUGUGUUAGCAUACAUUUGCUGCAAAGCUUCAGUUUCAUCUUCACCAUGCAGACCAUUUGUUUUGUGUUCAAAUAGUGUUCAUCUUUUCUUCAGAGAGCAAAUAUUUGUUUCGUACGAUGAAGCAAAUUCUACAGCCCCUACAACAGCUUUGCUAUGAACUUAAGGCUAUGAAGCGUCAUCAUGAUGCACAUCUGAACUUUCUUUUUUCCGCUUACUUUUGGGUUUCCUCUGCUUCUUCUUUUCCUUGAGCCUAGUCAUAUCCUUAACGCUUUUUUCCCAUAUUUUCCGUUUUUUUUGAUAAAGAAGCAUUGCAGCCCGGGCAUCCUCUAUCUAAAAUGUCCAAAGGAUCAACAGCAUAAGUGAAAUAAAUUUCACCGCACAGUAUACAAGAAAAAGAAAGAGCAUUCUCUCCAAUUAUACACUUAAUACAACUUCAUUGCGCACCACAAAGGAGACAUUUCAUAAGUUCUCAAAGAUACUGCAAAAAUAAAUAAAAGUUACUGAUGGUAUGUUUAACCUCCAACUGCAACUAAAGUAAUGAAUGAAGCAAUAUCACUAGAACAAAAAGCAUAGAAGUGGAAAAGAGAUCCCAGCAAAAGCCAGCCACAUAAUCGUAAGUUGCAGUUGGUCCAACUUAGCAAAAGAGAGAAUUUCGUUCAAAAGCUAGAGAGUGCACCGACUAUGACUAUAAUAAUGAUAAUUUCAGAAACCAUACACUUGACUAAAUAUUCGUCAAAUACAGAACAAUCCAGGGUUCUAACAAGCAGGAGGUGUAGGCAACUCAAAGAUGUUAAUCGGAUAACUUUUCUGGCUGUGGAGUGAAAACCAGAACUCCAGCCAAAAUAAGAGAUUGGACAAUCAACCCCGUGCUACACUUAUUCAGAACUUUCGGUACAUAAAAACCCCAUUGCUAAGCUACGACAACCUUUUGACAAGCAGGCUAAAUCUUAUAUCAGAGUAAUGGAUCUGGGUUACAAAUUGCCGGAUUGAGAUGGGGAACUAUAAUCGUAAUAGAUUAAAUCAGAAUAUCAGUGACAGACGGGUCUAAUUGUGCAUCAAAUAAGCUAUCAUCUCAAAUUCCUAAUACUCAUUUGAAUCUUGAGGUCACGCAAAGCCAAAGACAAUGAAUAAGCAAAUUGUAAGAUCAAAGACAAAAAAUGCAAAUACAACCAACUAACCGGGCAAUGUUCACCGUUUUGAAUUUCCACCCCGAGAAAUUCAGAUGCAAGAUGACGAAGAGCUCGACUACGUCCAUCCCUGAUUCACAAAGAAGUAACUAUGAGUACAUAAACCAGCAAAAGUCACACCAUAAACUCCAAAUGUCUCUUACAAUGAUUCAACAAAAGAAGGGAACCGUACUUCAGAAAAGGCUGAUAAUGUG